AAGAGCGAUGUCAUUCGAUUGGUGUCAUUUUUGACGACUUAAUCGAAUCUUCAAAAAAGCCCAGUUUCCCCAAAAUUAUUAGUGAUAAGUUUUCCUUUCUUCUCUUCCUUGGUAAAACUAAUUGGCUGCCCGUACUGCUCAAUACCAUGAGAUGGCAGGCACCCAUUCCCAGUCGCAAGAAGAAGAUUAUUUGGUGGAUCGCCUGCAGAAGCGAGAAUCGCCUUUGAGGACGAGAUUUACGUAUAUAGCCAAAAUUUUCUACAACCUGGCCUGCAAAAAUGAAAUGGGAGAGGCGAAUCCGACGGCGUGUAAAUCUAUGGAACUAGGAUCGGGACGAUGCAUGAGUAUCCAGGCUAUGCAAGCUCUUUUCGAGCUGAAGGAGAACAAUCAACUAUGCGACGCCACCAUCAUCCUGGAUGAUGGAUCGGAGAUUCCGGUGCACCGGGCCAUUCUGUGUGCUUCUAGCUCAUAUUUUCGGGCGCUCUUUACUACCACCCUUCACAACAAGGAGAAGAACCAAGUGCACCUGCCAGGAGUGUCGUCCGACAUGCUCCAAACCCUCCUGGUCUACGUCUACUUGAGAAAGCUGGAUCUGAAUGAAGAAAACGUCUACUCCAUACUCAUGGCUGCUGAUUAUCUGAGCAUCCUGGGCGCUUUAGACUUGUGCUCCACCUAUCUGGAAUCCAUUCUCCGCCCCAACAAUUGCAUCGGUAUCUUGGCCUUUGCCAGAAGCCACUUUUGCCGGAAGUUGGCCGAUAAUUGCUGGAAGUACAUCAUGCGAAACUUUGCUCACGUGGCAGAUCAAAGCUCCGAGAUUCUCCUGCUAUCCCUUCAAGAGCUGCAGGAAAUCAUCAACGCCGACGACCUCAAUGUGAAAAGCGAAGAAACUGUGUGGGAGAUUAUUUUGAGAUGGAUCGAGUACUCGACGGACAGCAGGAAGCAGCACAUUGUUGAGCUGAUGAAGUGCAUUCGCUUGGGGCUUUUGGACACGCAGUUUUUCCUGGAACGGGUCAAGGACCAUCCUUAUGUGGCAGGCUGUGAGGCCAGCAGGCCCAUGAUUAUCGAAACGUUGAAGUUUUUGUAUGAUCUGGAAAUGAUCACUCAUAGUCGACUCUUAAGUACCACCGGCUCGCAAUUCUUAUUAAUUUGGUCUGCCAGGGACGGAGAAGUGGUGACACCGGAAAUAGCACGUCCUCGCGUUCCCCACGAGAUUCUCUUUGCCAUUGGAGGCUGGAGUGGAGGUUCGCCUACGAAUUUCAUCGAAACGUAUGACACCAGAGCUGACCGAUGGGUGAAGGUGGAAGAAGUGGACCCGACUGGACCGAGGGCCUAUCAUGGGACUGCAGUGGUGGGGUACAACAUCUACGUGAUUGGUGGCUUUGAUGGCAUGGACUACUUUAACUCCUGCAGAUGUUUCGACGCCGUGCAAAAAGCAUGGAAGGAAAUUGCGCCCAUGCAUGCAAGAAGAUGUUACGUGAGCACUGCGGUGCUGGAUGAUCAGAUUUACGCAAUGGGCGGUUACGAUGGACAUCACAGGCAGAAUACGGCUGAAAAGUACGACUUUAAGACCAACCAAUGGUCUCUGAUUGCGCCGAUGAAUAUGCAACGAUCUGAUGCUAGCGCUUGUACUCUUCAUGGCAAAAUCUAUAUAACUGGAGGCUUCAACGGCCAAGAAUGUAUGCACUCAGCUGAAGUGUACGAUCCUGAGCUGAACCAGUGGUCGCUGAUUGCGCCCAUGAGGUCCCGAAGAUCUGGAGUGUCUUGCAUCUCCUACCACAACCAGCUGUAUGUGAUUGGCGGCUUUAAUGGCAUUUCCAGAAUGUGCAGUGGCGAAAAGUACAAUCCUCAAACCAACACAUGGGCAGCCAUUCCAGACAUGUACAAUCCAAGAAGCAACUUUGCCAUUGAGGUUAUUGAUGAUAUGAUUUUUGCCAUUGGAGGGUUUAAUGGAGUGACCACGAUCUACCAUGUAGAAUGUUACGACGAAAAAACCAACGAGUGGUACGAAGCCACCGACAUGAAUAUCUACAGGUCAGCUUUGUCUGCUUGUGUAAUUGAUGGGCUACCAAAUGUUCAAGACUACAUUCACAAACACCGCGACCGGCUUAUGGAGGAAAAGCGCCAGAAGAUGAUCGCUUUGGAGAACCAGCGGACGAUGGCUGGGAUUGCUAAUAACGCAAAUAACAACCAACAGGAGAACAUUGUUGCCGCUGUUAAUGCUAAUAUGCAGCAGCUUAAUAUACUUCAGCAGCUGAAUGCUAAUCUGAAUCCAGCUCUGCCUGCUGCUGGGCCCCCCGAGCAGGCUCCUCCGGCUCCUGUUCCUAAUCCCCUACCAAUGGAUGUGGACGAUAACGAGGAAGAUGGCAUCCAAUAGUCUUUUGAAACUCCCAUUUCCUGGCUUCUGAACCAUCCUUCACAGAUUAGUUGGGAUUCAUGGGUGGCAAAUUUCAAAAUUUGUAACUUGUAACUGCAGUUGGGGAAGUUAACAGGUUCCGCGCCAUUGCCAGGUUUAGCAAUUAACUAUUUACUACAAGCUACUUUUUAUCUAAGGCCUAUUGGUAAGCAACUAGAGGCUCCAAAUUCGUCAAUCGUUUUUCGGUAAUGUACCUUUCUGUUUUGGAAAUCUCUCAGAAUGUUUUUGGAUUUGGAAAUGGGGCUGUAAUUUAAACUACUUUUAAUAGUCUGUGUACACCUUUUUUAAUGGAAUUUUAUUAAUAUACUUUUAUAAUAU